AUGCUUCGCCUGUGGGACCACGGAUCGGAGGACCAGGACGAAGCAGAAGUGGCGCAUGGAAGAGAGAGGGCGCAGUGGCUGCGCGGAAUGGCCCGGGCGCAGAUGCCCUGCACCAUGCGCGGUGGCAUGGCAAAAGAAGCCGGAAUGGUCACUGUGGCCAUGAACGACGGCAGUGGUGAGCAGACCAUCACGGCCAAGAACAUCAUGUUGGCGACGGGCUCUGAAGUCAUUGAGAAGUUGCCCUUCGUUGCAGUGGAUGAGGAACAGAUUGUCUCUUCCACCGGCGCCCUCGAUCUGAAGCAGGUGCCCGAGAAGCUCGUGGUCAUCGGUGGAGGUGUUAUCGGCCUGGAGCUCGGAUCCGUCUAUGAGCGCCUGGGCUCCAAAGUCACCGUUGUCGAGUUCCUUCCGACCAUUGGAGGCGUCGGCAUCGAUGGCGAGGUGUCCAAGGAGAUGCAGAAGAUUCUGAAGAAGCAGGGCAUGGACUUCAAGAUGUCGACCAAGGUGACAGCCGUGGAGAAGACUGGCAGCACGGUCAAGGUCACGACGGAGCCGGCCGCUGGCGGGGCGGCAGAGAGCAUGGAAGCCAACGUGGUCCUUGUUUGCGUGGGCCGCCGGGAGUUCCGUGACGGCCUGGGUGCCGAGGAGGUCGGUGUGGCCUUGGAGGGCAAGAAGGUGAAGGUCAACGACGACUUCCAGACCUCGGUUCCUUCCAUCUACGCUAUCGGCGACAUCAUCCACGGCCCGAUGUUGGCGCACAAGGCUGAAGACGAGGGCGCAAUGGUUGCCGAGUACUUGGCCACUGGCAAGAAGCCCCACCUCGACUACAACAACGUGCCCUCCGUGCUCUACACACACCCAGAGGUUGCCUGGGUUGGGAAGACCGAAGAGCAGCUGAAAGCAGAAGGUGUUGCCUUCCGCAAGGGGAAGUUCUCCUUUGCCGCCAACGGCCGCUCAAUCGCCAACAUGGACACCGAGGGCUUCGUCAAGGUUCUGUCCUGCAAGGAGACAGACAAGUUGCUUGGAGUCCACAUCAUCAACGCUAUCGCUGGCGACAUCAUCAGUGGAGCUUGCAUUGGCAUUGAGUACGGUGCGGCCUCUGAGGACUUGGCCCGAGUCUGCAUGGCGCACCCGACGGUCUCGGAGGUCCUGAAGGGCGCCUCCCAGAAAACCGCUUUCGGCAAGGCCGUGAGUGGCUAA